CUCCCGAGCGAGCAAAAACCGCUUCCGGGUCAGGAGGCUCGGGCGCCACCGGAGUCUAAGGUGCUCAACUAACCCGGAGCCGAGCUCACGCUUCGGUCCUCGGGUAGUCUUCGCCCCUCCUGAGGCCCCGCCGUUCUCGUUCACAGCCCUGUGGCUCCUGGUCCUGGAAGCCGGCGUCCUGCUGCACGAUGUUCCACCUCGGCCUCGUGCCCGGGAGGGCCUGGGGUGCCCUGCUCUGCCAGCUCCUGCGACCUCCCCGCACGGUGUGCGUCCGGGCCGUGGGCUGUCACGGCCAGGUUGCAGAGGCAGUGUUAACCUCCCAACUUAAACCACAUCAAGAGAAACCAAAUUUCAUCAUCAAGGUUCCAAAGGGCACCAGGGAUCUUAGUCCUCAGCAGAUGGUUGUGAGGGAGAAAAUUCUUGAUAAAAUUAUUAGCUGCUUUAAACGUCAUGGGGCAAAAGGGUUAGAUACCCCAGCAUUUGAACUGAAGGAAAUGCUCACUGAGAAAUAUGAAGAGAAUUUGAGGCUCAUGUAUGAUCUGAAGGAUCAAGGUGGAGAGCUCUUGUCCCUCCGCUAUGACCUUACUGUUCCUUUUGCUCGUUAUCUGGCCAUGAAUAAAUUGAAGAAGAUGAAACGCUACCAAGUUGGAAAGGUGUGGCGGCGGGAGAGCCCAACCAUAGCUCAAGGCCGCUAUAGAGAGUUCUGCCAGUGUGAUUUUGACAUUGCUGGUCAGUAUGAUCCUAUGAUCCCUGAUGCAGAAUGUUUGAAGAUCAUGUGUGAAAUCCUAAGUGGAUUACAACUGGGGGACUUUCUCAUUAAGAUUAUAUGGACAUUGUUGGAAAGGGCAUUGAUUGACAGGACACUUGGGCUACUUACAUUGAGUUCACAGGUCAAUGACCGACGGAUUGUAGAUGGGAUGUAUGCUGUCUGUGGUGUUCCUGAAAGUAAAUUCCGUGCUAUUUGUGCCUCGAUGGACAAACUAGACAAGAUGUCUUGGAAAGAUGUGAGACAUGAGAUGGUGGUAAAGAAAGGCUUGGCUCCUGAGGUGGCUGAUCGAAUUGGGGACUAUGUCCAAUGUCAUGGAGGGAUAUCUCUGGUAGAGCAAAUGUUCCAAGACCCUAGACUGUCUCAGAGCAAGCUGGCUGUGGAGGGCCUAGCAGACCUGAAGCUGCUUUUUGAAUAUUUGACUUUAUUUGGAAUUGCUGAAAAGAUUUCCUUUGACCUAAGUCUGGCUCGGGGCUUGGACUAUUACACAGGAGUAAUCUUUGAAGCAGUACUGCUACAGUUGCCUGCUCAGGCUGGGGAUGAGCCUCUGAAUGUGGGCAGUGUGGCUGCUGGUGGGCGCUAUGAUGAACUGGUUUCUCAGUUUGAUCCCAAAGGCCACACAGUGCCAUGUGUGGGCUUGAGCAUUGGAGUAGAGCGCAUCUUCUACAUCGUAGAACAGAAGAUGAAGACUUCUGGUGAGAAGGUACGGACCACAGAGACCCAAGUAUUUGUGGCCACAGCCCAGAAGAAUUUUCUUCAAGAACGAUUGAAGCUAAUUGCACAGCUUUGGGAUGCUGGGAUCAAGGCAGAAAUGCUAUAUAAGAAUAACCCUAAACUAUUAACCCAGCUGCACUAUUGUGAGAACAUGGGCAUUCCACUGGUGAUCAUUAUUGGAGAGCAAGAACAGAAUGAGGGUGUCAUUAAGCUUCGUUCAGUGGCCAGCAGAGAAGAGGUGACUGUAAAGCGGGAAAAUCUCAUCACUGAAAUUCAGAAGCGGUUGUCUGAAUGUUGAUCCUUGCCUGAUUGGCAAGUGCUGCCCUUUGCAGAAACGAUUUCAUUUAGGACUGGGUUCUGAUGAACUUGACAGCAACUGACCGGCAUGAAUGACACGUGCCUUCUACCUCCUCUAUCCUUCCUGGAUAUAGAAUGGUAGAAGGCCCUGAGGAUUCAUGGGCUGGUAUCACCAGCUACUCUGCAUGGGUACUGGGGGCUGGCAUACAAAAGAGACCUGCUGUACCCUGAGGAUUCAUGGGCUGGUGCCAGCACCUACUCUGCAUGGAUGCUGGGGGCUGGCAUGCAAAAGGGACCUGCUGUACCUUCAAAGCAGAUCUGAAGUGCCUCUGAAUGAUGGCAGGAAGUGUUGGGAAGGUUGUGAACCAAGUUCUAGAGAAUUUGUCCACAUCAGACCACAGACUGUCCAUGGAGUGUUAUUAAAAUGACAAGAAUGGACAAUGAAUAGAAAUGCUGUUUCAGGAGCUUGACAGUACUUGGUACUGAUCUCAUUCAAUUUGCAGAAGGAUGGCAUUGCCCAUUUAAUAAUCUUGAGCACUGAACUUAAUAGAUGACAGUUGGACAUCUGGUGUUUUAAGAUUUUGGAGACCAUUCCCUGUACCACAUCACUGUUCUGAUUAUUCCAUAUCCUACCAUGGAGGCUGUUCUAGAAGUGUUUAAAUAAUAAGUUAAAUAGAAUAUUGUACUGGUUUGGGUAAUUUGUUACCAAGGGAUUAAUUUUCAUAGACAAUAAAAAAUGUGUGCACUGGAUAA